AAAAACCCUUCACUGCAGCGAGACAAGUCAAACUCGCCUUCCCUCCGGUGAGAUCCCCACCCAAAUCUCUCUCGGAUUCCAAUCUCCAUCACCAUCAGCGCCGGCUAAUGACAUGCGAAAUGCACGCCGUCCUCGCCGGGAUCCCGCAGUCGCUCCGGCCCGCGGUGCUGAUCGCCUCGGCGUGCGCGCUGCUCCUCCUCGCCACCGCACUCCUGCUCCCCCGCGCCGCCCCUCCUGCCCCGCCGCUGACCACCGGCGCCGCCGCGGACGCCGACGCCGCCGUCCGCCUCGACGCGCGCGUCGCCCGGCGGAGCGGGAACGAGUUGCUGUGGCAGCUGCCGCCCGCGUCGACGCCGCUGCGGGCCGCGCUGUUCGCGGCGCCCGGGUGCACCAUCCGCGCCACCGACUUCUUCGACGCCUCCCCGGGGUGCCCGCGCUGCGCGGGGCUCCCCGAGGAGCGCCGCUUCACCCGCGCCGCGCUCGCCCGCGGGUACGCUGUCCUCUCCGUCUCCAGUCGCGCCGAGUGCUGGUCCCUCGACGCCGCCGGGGGCGGGGAGGAGGAGGGCGGCGGCAGCGAGCUCGCCGCGGUCGAGUCCAUCAUCAAGUGGUGGACCGGGGAGGAGUUUCCCCAGCUCGCGGGCCUCCCGCUCGUCGGCAUCGGCGCGUCCUCGGACGGGUACUUCCUCUCCGCGCUCGCGGCGAGGGUCAGGUUCAGCAGCGUCGCCGUCAUGAUCGCCGAGGGCGUGUACGGGGCCAUGGCCGACAUCCCGGCGGGUUACCCGCCGGCGCUGUUCGUGCACAUGCCCAAGGACGCCGAGAGUGCGGGGCUGGUGGCGGGCAGCAUGCGCAAGCUCAAGGCGAAGCGCGUAGACGUGCGGGAGAUCCGGUGCGACGACUUCGCCGUGAGCGCGGAGGUCCUGGCGGAGAGGGUGCCGGGGCUCACCCGCGCCGUCGCCGACGCGCUGGUGGACGUGCUGCGCCGGAAGGGGUUCGUGGAUGAUAAGGGGUUUCUGAAGAAGGACGGGAGGAGCACACCGUGGAAGAAGGCGGCGGAGGAGGCCAAGGUCUUGCCGGAGCGGUUCAAUCUGGAGAGGCAUGUCAACGAGGAGCUGAAUGUUGCCUAUGCAUACCAUGAGUUCACCAGCCUCAAGAAUACUGAGAUCUUCGAAUGGUUCGAGUCCCAUAUGAAACAUAAGGACUGAAGUCUGAAGGCAUGCCACGGUGAACUGAGUAAUUGAGCAAAUCAGUCUUAUGUAAUUCUGCUGAUUGUUAGAAGAUGAAUGAAUUUUGACCAUUAUCCACAUGGCUGGAAAGUUGGAGCAAACUCUUAUGAAAUUCGUCAACAUAUCUUAGAGGUGAUAUUAUACAAGAAGCCAAAAAAAUACAGGAAAUCCAUGAAGGAGAAAAAUGAAGGGUAACAUCAGUUGAGGAAAACAAUUUAGACAGGAAACAUCCUUGUCUAGAAGUGGUAAUCAUUUGCCUUCUUGAAGAUCUCAGCCUGGGCAGAAGCAGCACCGUCAGAGGUUAUGGCCACAACGAUGCAAUCCUUCACCUGCUGGGUGGUGAAAGGAAACUUCUUGUUAACGAUGGAGUUGAGGCAGUACCAAAAGUCUUGCCGAUGUUGCCAAGGGAUCCUACAACUGCAGUGAUCAUGUCUGGGUGGCUCUUCCAGUAGCUGCAAUUUUCAUGCCAAAAUGAUCAUGUUAAAAUUUUUCGCUCUUUGAUGUUUGAUACUUAUGAUGUGUACUCGUAUGGGCUCUUACUCGCAGGAUCCAGUGAAUCCAUGCUUCGGAAUUUCAGGGAUCCCAUAGGAAGGUGUACUUGGGGUGCUUGGUGUAGAGCCGUAAGAUGGUGUCGGCGUUGUGCUGUAAUCGGGUGUUGGCGUUGGCUUGUACCCGCCUCCUGUCCCGUACGUCGGAGUUGGGGGGCUACCAUCUGAGUCUGUACUAUUACUACUACCAAGGACUGAUCACUGAUCAAAUAAAUAUGUUACACAAAAGGAAUAGGUUCAGAGAAAAUACAGCUGGGAGCAGAUGAGUAGGUCUUCUGCUCAGACAACUCUGCCAGGCUCCUGCAUGAGCUCAGGCUGACAAGUCCCACUAUGACAGCACUGAUAAGAAGAACCUUGGUGGCCAUCUUGCUCUCAACGUCUACAGACAAGACUGAAUAUAUGGCUGAAGAAAUGGUUGAGAAACUAGAGAUGCUUAAGUUGAUGAUCUGAGUACCCUUCGUUCACAUAUAUAUAUACAUUCGAGCGGUGCUCUACAGUUCCAUUGAUGCUAUUGCAUACAUGUUCAUCAGACUGUUAGUAGUUGGCCAACAUUUAAUGAUCUUGGUUUGUCCAGCUUGUCGUGUUGGUGAUCUGCUUGCUCUUAACUGGUUUAGUGAAGAGCUUACACCGUUACACGUUGAGGAUUUUAACCCAACUUCUUUUCUCCAUAAAUUUUGCAAAAGAGAGAGAGAGAGAGAGAGAGAGAGAGAGAGAGAGAGAGAGAGAGAGAGAGAGAGAGAGAGAGAGAGAGAAGGAAACCAAGGUAGAGCUUCCCUGGACUUUGGACAGGUUUCUUUUGACAGAGAAUGAGGAUGUUUCCCACUCCUGCAGAUUUAAUUGGAACUGCUGCCUGCCACCUACUUGGUUAACUAUACCUCGAGCUGGACUCGACGAUCUGAUCCCUGAAUUGACUAACUGAAUCUGUUGAACUUAUUGAUGGAAAAUGGGUUUGGUGUGCUUCUCUGGUCCAGCUGAAACACAGAAGGAUGCAACUAGUUUGUUCUGAAUAACUAUGGAGAAGCUGAAGGUAUUUUGGCCCAAUUUAAAUGCACAGGAUUUUGCCAGAUUUCAUCCAGUCUGAUAUCCUGACAGGCACAUCUGGUAAUUUAUUUGAAAUUGAUUUCCACUGCAAGUUUUACUCCUGCACAUUCAAAUUUUUGCUUAUAGCCUGUCGGUGCAUAGUCCUCUGCAUUUCUGUGUAUUAUUCUGAUUGCAUCUGCCUAUCUUUUAGCCCGUUACUGUAGUAACAGUACGUUUCUGCAGCAUUCAUCCAUCACAUCGCACCUGGUACCAUGUUUUUAGCCCCUGAAUGUGAUGCCGUCUGCCAUUUACAAAUUACAAGGGCCUCCUCUUUUUUUACAACAUCAUCGGACAUGUUACUGUAUUGCUAAUGAACUCACAUGAAUGAUUCAUGUGCAGCUCUCUUCGGAAUUACAGACUAUGUACUGACCUAGUAUGCAAAGUUUUUUUUGAGGAAAUCCUAGUAUGCAAAGUUCAGAAACGAUCAUCAGUACAGCGGUCUAAUUUGCUACAGUAGGCCUUCUUUCGGAUGAAAAAUCACCUCUAGCACCAAGUUUCCCUCCAAGGCUCCAAUCAAGGAGGUAGCCACUAGCAAGAACUCCCCGAGGCCCAGCAGCUGUACUUGCACGAGAUGUGAUUGGCCCCGAUUGAAGAGAUUGAGAUGCCAUGUGAUCUCUCGUGGAUCUGCCGGGGCUUUACAGAGAGUUCGGAGGGCCGGGCAGAUGGGAGCUAGCUGCUGCUGCUCUGUGGCCGCCAUUUUUGAACUGUGCAGUUCCUUUCAUGAGUGGUGAUGCGCCGGGUCCUUCAAGAGAGCACAUGUACACACAUCUCCCUUACACUCAUUUAUCAUUGACCGAAUAUAUUAAAUUACGUACUGUUUUUCGGUGCGGUUAUUGUACUUGCUUAUUCUCAAACCUGUUUGUGUGGAGGGCAGUGCUGCAGCUCUAUUUCAGCUGGAAUUCAUGCUGGUGCUGCAGGUUACCAGAGGACGGUGGAAGUUUGUCGGUGGAAGGAGUCUCGCUGCUAUUAUGAGCCCAUUUUUGUAGCUGUGGCAUUUAAAGGGAGGGCAUGUAGUGCAGGUCGUCGUAGAACUCGACAUAUAGUAGUGGGCAUUAUUUGGAUUCGGUGCAAAAGAAAAGAUUCAUGGGAGCAUUUGGAUUUGGUGCACAAUGCUGGGAUCCAAAUUUUAAAACCUUUAGUUCAAAUCUGGACAAAAGUUGAAACAUUUGAGAAAUUAAAUAAGUGCCAAGCAAGAUAUACCAUGUGCAAGCAGGAACUGCUUUAUCUGAUUUAUAAAAUAUAUAAGUCGCUUUUUAGA